CCACGCUGGACACCAGCGAGCGGUCCUUGGAGUAGUGCACCGUCUCCUUUCCGACGCCUUGAACUCCUGUCAUUUUAUAAAAAAAUAGAGGCAAUUAUUAUAUUACGAUUAUUGAUUGUUAGAAAUACCGAAAAACCGAAAAAUCAUUACCGUGAACCGUAUACAAACUUCCAUCCCGCUUCCAGCAUUUCCAAAGGGGGCAGCAAUCGGCCCCCGUACCCCCGCCGAUUUUAUCAAUAAAAUCGCAACUCUUCUUUUCUUCAGGGGUCGGUUCCACGCAAACAAUUUGAUCACAAGCACCACCACCGUUUCCCGGUCGGGAGGACGCCACCACGAUAUAAUUGACGAGAAAAAAUAGUAAACACGACUUGUUUUUGUGCAACAUUUCAAAAUACCGUCGGAGAAGAAAAUUCCACAAUUUAUUUUCUCUGUUCUUUCCUUUUGGUUAAUAAAUUGGUCCAGAUUUUGUAUUUAUGCAUUAGAAAUCUGUACAGAUUUUCCUUAUAAAUUUACAUAUUACUCAACUUAAUUCCAAGAAUGACUCGAAUCCUCACUUCUAAAGAAUUUACGAGUUUAAUAAUUAAGUUACUGGAAAAAAUUGUAUGACGAGAUGUUUACCCGUAAUCGUGGUAUAAAUUAAAUAUCUACAUAUGUACACAAAUGUACGAGUCAAAAAGGUGUCAAUCUGUACAUACAUACAUAAAAUUAUUGGCACGACGAAAAUAGGCAUCGCAAUAAGGAAUUUACUGCAAUUUUUCGUUCUGGAAUCGAAUAAAAGAUUUUAUGGCGAAUUUAAUUUAACACUUGGUCAUAAAUCGAAUCAAUUUAAUGAGGAACAAUAAAAGUAUUGUUUUUCACAGGAAUGAUUGAGUUUCUUUGUUGGAUGGAGGAGGAAAAUGAUAUCAUCGUAAGUACAUAAUGUGCAAUGCAUUUGACGGAUUUCCUGACGCAUAAUAAUUGCGAUAGUGCUUAAGCACUGACUCAAGAAACCUCGGGUAAUGAAUGAAACUUGUCUGAAUUCUCAUGCCACUGCCAGGUCACAGGUCAGCCCGUAUCGUGGAGAAGGUCAAGGUGGCUGUAUAUUCAUACAUACGUAUUUAUUUGUAUUUGUGGGCAUUAUUUAAAUAUUUUGAGUGAGUGAAUUUAAAUAAAUAAUAAUCUCUUUGGGAAGACGAAAAGUUAAUAAAAUUCAAAAUUUGAAGGUCGCAAUUCGUAUAAUGCGUCAUAAAAUGGGACGAAACGAGUGUAACAAUUAAUUAAUUAUUAGGAACCAAUGCAAUGCAAGCAGUGUAUUGUUCGCAGUUUAUGUAGCUUGGUAUUAGAUAGAUUUGCAUAUUUUAGUAGGAGAUAGAUUUAUAUUACUAGAUUGUAAUGGUGGCAGUGGAAAUGGUCACGAGAUGUCGACCAUUAAAAAGGUCUUUGUGCAACGACAGCAUCACCGGAGUGGUGGUGGUAGUGCUUGCGCUACUUUUGGUACAAUUUAUCACUGGAGGUCACGCAAAAGGGGCGUCGGACGAUGAAAACUCGGCGGCGAAAUUGCCACAAUGCGCAAAAGUGACGUGUACCCAACCUCCAGAAGGGCUACAGUGUAACAAGACUGAAAUUAAAAAUCCUGCAGUGCUCAAGAAAGUUGGGAAGAUGAAGGAGUGCUGUACGGCGUGGCGUUGUAAAGAAGAGGACGGUAGUUUUUCGACAUAUUUCGGAAUGUCGGGCACAGAGUCAGCCGUUAAGAAGGAUGACAAAAAAGAUAAGAAAAAAGACAAGAAAUCAAAAUCUGCCGUCACCACGACCGAGAAAGAAGACGAGGCUGAGGCAACAACGCCAAAACCUAAAAAGGCGUCAAAGGGCAAGAAACCUGCUAAAAAUGCUGCCACAACCGAGAAACCUGACGAGGACGGGGAGGAAAGUACUACCCCGAAGUCUAAAGCGACUAAAAAACCCAAGAAAAAGCCAUCUGCAGUCACAGUUGCUCCAGAGGAGGAGAAAUCGCCCGAAGAUAAGUGUGCCGAGGCGAAGGCGAAAUGUCCAAUGCCAGAAGGGGACGACGCCUGCACAGUUACGAUGUCAAAAGAAUCUUUGAAUUUCAAGCCGAAAGGAGAGUUGGAUUCUUGUUGCCCGAUAUACAAUUGUACUCGGCCGGAUGGAUCUUAUCGACUUCAUUAUUUAAUGUCGGGAGGGACUCAGCCGAAGAAGGAGGAUGAAGUCGCAUCAGAGAAAGGUGAAGGUACGGAUGAUAAGAAGUGUCCGAAUGUUCAGUGCGCCACCGAACCCCAGGCAGGGUCGGAUGGUCCAAUAUGCGAAAAAUCGACGGAAACAGAAUCCUCCAGAAUUAAAAAGCUUGGGCCAUUCAGAGAAUGCUGUGACAUCUGGAAGUGCGUGUAUCCUGAUACUUCAUUUUAUACGCAUUUCGAACUUCAAGCUCCAAGUUUUUGGCUGGCAGAAACAUCCUUCCAAUCCGAACCUUCUACUAGCACCGUGGUAAAUGCGGGUAUCGAAGAGCCUACAACAACUGAAGAAACCAGUACAGAAAAACCUGGAAAUGUUUCCGGAGACGAAGUAGCCGAGCCGGAUGAAGCAGCAGAAGAAGGUGGUGAUGCUCCCGCAAAAAAGAAGAAGAAAAAGAAGCCGAAACAUCCCCACAAACCGCAACCCGCACCAGCCCCCAACGGCAAUGGGCGUUACGCUUACUCCACUUAUUACAACACGUCCUGGUCAAGUGGAGACAAUCCUGGUGGUCAGAAUCCCAACGCCGGUGCCAACAAUCCAAGUCCACCCCAAAUGCCCUCGUAUCCUAUGGGUCCUCCCCCCGGCACGAUUCCAAUGGGCCCACCCCCCGGCGUUCCGAUGGGUCCACCUCCCGGUACCGUUCCAGGCAUGGGGUACGGACCACCCAUGAUGAUGCCGCAACAACCCAUGAUGAUGCCCCCCAUGAUGUUCCAAGGCAGAAGAAGAUGAAGAAUCCCUCCUUAAUGAUGACGCCGUUUCUUUCUCUAAAAAAAAUGAAUCGUGCCCCUGAUGCAUAUUAAUUAAUUAAUGAAUCUCCUCCAUUCCCUCCAAGAAGAAGAUACUCGUCUUCAUUUCAUGUCAUAUUUACCAAAGCACCGGAGGGGAUGGAUCAUCAAAUACAUAUCCAUCCAUCCACAUUUUAUUACAUUCUGAUAAAACCAGCAUCCAAUUUAUUUAUUUUAUUCGCUAUGUACACUACUCUACACACUUUUUCCUUCUUCACUCACUCACUCACAUCACAUCUUUCGUUUCGCUAAUCGUUCACUGGACUCACUCGCACGACGACCAGCAGCCAAGCCUAACUUAUCACCGAUUUCGUACAUAUACAUUUGCCAAAGUGUAUAAAGAAGUCAAGUGAAUCGUGAACUCUGAGGUCCCCCACCGUCCGUCUGGUUCGUUCAUCAUCAUAUUGAUGUGAUCAAAAACAUGAUCAUGUUCAAAUAAAUAAAUCCAUAGUUUUA